UUGAAUGUCUUCCAGAUGAUUCCGUACAAAUGACUUCUCUUGAAAAUUACAAGAUUUAUUAUACGACAGUCUAUAAGCAUCUGAUCGCAAUUCACGAGUACGAUGCGUCUUUAUUGCAGCCACUGAAGUCGCCUAUAUUGUUACUAAAACCCACAAUUUCUUAUCUUCCUUCUGCCGACGAAAAUGAUGGCUUGAGCAAGGUUACCGAAAAUAGCGUACAAGUCCGUCAUGUCGAAGGCAAUCAUCUUACAAUAUUGAACAACGAUAUACUUGCUGAUAUUAUUAACGGAGUAUCGUCUUAA